AUGGCCGACAACAACAUCCCCUCAUGUCCUUUUUGCCCUUUCACAGACUCCGAUGCUAAUUUUGUGUCCCAACAUAUCGAAUUCUGUCAUCCAGAAGCUGGGGUAACUGGUUUCCUUCAGGAUAAACCGCAAGAAUUCACCAGCCAAAACCCGGCUACACUGCCAGUGAAUGAGGAUGGUGCAGACAAAUAUGUCGAUUGUCCACAUGGAUGUGGUGAGACAAUAGCAAGUGCCGAGCUCUCAAGUCACCUGGAUCUGCAUGUUGCAGAGGACAUGGCGUUGGAUGAUAUGGGGGCCACACCCGCACGCUCAACUGCAGACGUAUAUGACCGUAGGGACGAUCGGUCAUUUGAUGAUGAAGAUUCCCUCGACAUGUUCGACAACUAUCAAGGAGGCAAAGGCAAACGUGGGAUGCAACGAGACUCCUCUCGAGUAAACACUGCCAAGCCACCACGGCCUCACAGUCCCCCAAGGACAACUAAUGCCGAUGGCACAAAGAGAUUAGGGCGCUCAGAAUUGGGUCCUCAUGCCCACGAGAAGAAAAUGCCAUCAUGGCUAAAGAAAAUGCUGGAAAAGGGCGGCAGCACAUCAAGGCAAACCCAAAUCACAUCGGACGGCAAAUUCACACGACGCGAGACAGUAGAAAAUGAAACCGAUCAUCUUAUUCCUGCUCUUGCUCGGCUCUGUGAACAGGACAAGUCCGUCCGGCGGGCAUUCUUCUGUAGCCCCAAAGUCCGCCAUAUCUGCAAGCUGCGUCGAGAAGGCGGCUUUUGUGGCUAUCGCAAUAUUCAAAUGCUGGUUUCUUGGCUGAAAAAGACUCGUGGCUUUGGCCAUGAGCACUUCCCAAAUAAGGGACCAACAAUCCUUGAGCUCCAGGAUAUGAUCGAAUCGGCCUGGGAUAUGGGGUUCAAUAGCUCUGGAAGAGCUGAGACGGGUGGUAUUAAAGGCACACGCAAGUUUAUUGGAACACCAGAAGUAAGUCUUUCAUCAUCGAUUGUCCUCUAUAUGCUAACGAGCACCCAGGCACAAGCACUUUUCAUGAGCCUAGGAAUCCCAUGUGAAGCGAGGAGUCUGUCAGAGACAAACGAUGUACGAGCCUGUGAUGCUCUUUACAUUGAUGUCGCCGACUACUUCCGAUCAGCGUGCUCACCAGAAGACGAGACGAAGAUCGUCCAAACUGAGCUCCCUCCGAUAUACUUCCAACAUCAAGGUCAUUCCAUGACAAUUGUCGGAUUUGAAAUACGAGACAAUGGCAGCGCAAAUCUGCUGGUAUUCGAUCCCAUGUUCAAGACUUCCCCUGCAAUGGAGCGUCUGAUUAGGGCCUUUGUCAAGCCCUCAGAUCCCACUCGUCUUCUCAAAGCAUACCGCAGGGGGACGCCUUAUCUGCAAAAGUACAAGAUAUUCGAGCUUCUCAAGUAA